AUGCGGUCCAGUUAUACAUCUGCCAUGCCAAGAUUGAAUGUUACUGAGGUUGGAAGUGAAGAAAUGGAUACUUGUUACGAGGAGAUGCCGCUUUUGGAUCUCUCCCAGGUUGGAAGUGAAGAGAUGGAUCCUGGUCACCAGGUACCGGAUCAUGAUGGCCUUCGGGAAGAUGAAAUACCUUGUGUUGGAAUGCGGUUUGAUCAAUUGCAAAUGGCUCACGAAUUCUAUGUGACAUACGCAAAGAAAGUCGGGUUUGCCACUAAGAUACGGACGACAACCUGUGAUAAGCUCACAAAUCAACCCAUUAAUCAAGCUAUUCACUGUAAUAGGGAUGGGUUCCGUGUGUCUCGUGUCAAAGCCUCAACGCGGAAGAAUAGGAUCUCAGCCGCUGGGUGUAAGGCAAGGAUAUACGUGAAGUUUGACAAGGAGGCGCAUGAUUGGGUUUUCUUCAAGGUAGAGCUGAGUCACUCGCACCCAUGUUCAGCGAGGAAAGCGGUGCAUUACCAUGAGUAUAGGCAGCUGACCAUGCAUGCGAAGUGCGUGAUCGAGGAUAAUGAUGAGGCUGGGAUUCGACCAAACAAGACUUUCCUAGCUUUGGCAAAUGAGUCUGGGGGCCCAUCUAAUCUGGGAUACUCAGAAAAGGAUUUACGAAACUAUAUUACAGCUAGGCUCCGAACCAGCAACGUCAACGUUGAUGUCAGAGAGAUGAUGAACUAUUUCAUGAGAAUGAAGGACAUCAAUCCCAACUUCUUCUACGCGGUGAAUUUGGAUGAUGACUGUAAAUUUCGGGGUGCAGUAUGGGUGGAUGCAAGGUGUAGGGCGUCGUUCGAAUAUUAUGGAGAUGUUGUGUCACUUGAUAGCACAUACAGCACAAACAAGCAUGGAUUACCAUUUGCGUCCUUCGUCGGUGUCAACCACCAUGGUAAGUCGACCAUCCUUGGUUGUGCUCUCCUUGGAAAUGAGGAAAUCCCAAGUUAUGAGUGGGUUUUCCGCCAAUGGGUCAAGUGCAUGGGAACUGCUCCACAGCGGAUCAUCACCGAUCAAUGCAAAUCCAUUUUUCGUGCAAUAAAAAAUGUGUUCCCCGAUACACGCCACCGGUGGUGCAUCUGGCACAUUACGAAGAAGUUACCGCACAAGCUUGGAGGUUAUCGCCGGUACAGAGAGUUGUAUGAUGAGUUCAAUGAUAUUGUGUGGAACUCUCGAACCGAGCAGUCAUUUGAGGAUAACUGGUAUGAAUUAAUAGACGAGCACAACUUACAUAACAACACAUGGCUGUCAGACCUCUUUGAUGAUCGACGCAUGUGGGUCCCAAUAUACUUCAAGGGUGAAUUUUGGGCUGCCAUGAGGAGCACGCAAAGGAGUGAGAGCAUGCACUCAUUCUAUGGAAAUUUCUUACACAGUCGGACUAGCUUGGUCCAAUUUGUUCACGAAUAUGACAAUGUGCUUGGAAUUAAGGAGCAAAGGGAACUGGAGGAUGACGCAGCAGACUCGAGGGGGGAUGUUCAAAUAGAGUUUGUCAAGAAGGCUAAUUGUAGGGUCUCUGUUGUUGCUGAAGAGGGGCCAGGUGCAUGCAUGAAGGUUGAAGAGGAAAUACUAGUGAAUGAAGCUAUUCUUUGCGUUCCGUACGACGUCCACUUCGAACGAUCCACGCAGGAGGUUCGUUGUGAGUGCAAUCUAUUUGAGAGUUCAGGAGUGUUAUGCUGUCAUUGUCUUGCAGUUUUCCAUUAUUACAAGGUGUAUAAAGUACCUAAUCGAUAUGUUCUCUCUCGUUGGAGUAAGAACAUAAAGCGCAAGCAUACUUAUGUCAAGAGUAGUCACGAUGUCAGCCGGUCGGAUGAGAGUCAUGUUGCAUUCAGGGGACUAUGUGCACACUUCUACAAUGUUGCUCAGGAUUUUGUAAACGAUGACGAAGAAACGGCCUUGCUUCAUGCUGCUCUAGAAGAAACGAGAGCUAAGCUGACUGCUCACCGUGCCAAGAAGAGGUCCGAGAGUGUGGCGGACUCCCACAACAAUAUUGGCUCGACAAGUUUGAAUGUUGCCACAGUGAUGGACAUCCAAGCCCCAUCGAAGGUCAACACAAAGGGCCGCCCAAAGAGUAAGAGGCUCGGCGCUGCCCUGGAGAAGUCAAUUAAAAAAUCUACCCGGAAGAGAAACAAGCCUGAUCCACCGGUGGUUUGUCCGAAGCCAACUCAAGAUGUAAGAUUCGGUGGUGUUGUAGGCCACGCUGAUCCCGAACAACUUGGUGGCUUCAUGUCUUUGUUAAGCUCCUUUAACAAAAAUUAA